AUGUACAGAAUAGACGUUUCAGAUUUUUAUGACUUCCAAGCGUUCAGAAAUAUGUGUCCAUUUCGAGACUAUAACAAAGCAGUCGAGAAUUUGAAACGUUUAGUCAUUUAUGUCGACUCUGCCCCAGAAUGUUAUGUCAUGAAAGAAUGGGAUGUAGUCUUUAACAAACCAAGAGCGACAAUAGUUUCAGAACAAGAAUGUAAACAGAAACUUAAGAAAAUAAAAGUCGUACAAGUUGGCAUGAAGAUGUUAGAUGCUUGGGAUAUCUUAUUGUCAAAACUUGAAGAUUUUUCAGUUCGUGGUAUAAAGUUCUAUACACCUUCUCCAAACUUCUAUUCUAUCUUCACUGGAUAUAAAUACGAACAAGUAGAAUGGAAAGAAAAUGUUAUAGAAGCUUGGUUAGACCAUGUCAAAGAAAUUAUAUGCAAUGGAAACGAAAGAGUCUAUGAGUAUAUCUUAUGUUGGUUUGCAAACAUCUUACAACAUCCAAGUGCUAAAAAUGAAACUGCUCUCAUCAUAAUUGGAAAACAAGGAACUGGUAAGAACACUUUCUUUACAGAUAUCUUAUGCAAACU